UCAUGGUCACUCUAGCGUCCACUCUACUGGAGCAAAGCUCCUUGCCGGCUCGCGACAUCCAUACCUCUUCCGGCCCUUCGUCGCUACAGGUGGCCUUCUUCUAUGCCUCGCUCUACCUAAUCGCCCUGGCGCAGGGCGCCGACAAGCCGUGCGCCUUGGCUUUCGCAGCCGAGCAAUUUGAUCCCGAGCACCCCAAAGAGCGUGCAUCCCGUAGCUCCCUCUUUAACUGGUGGUUCUUCUCGAUGGCUGUCGGCAUCUCCAUCUCCGUCGCCGUCGUCAGCUACAUCCAGGAGAACGUCGGUUGGGGAAUCGGCUUCGGCAUGCUUUGCGCCAUCAUGGUUUGUACCUUCAUCGUAUUCCUCUCUGGCACCCCCACCUAUCGCUUCUGCGUUCCCACCACCGAUGUUGAGAGUCCUUUCGCCCGCCUCGGUCGUAGCCUUGGCACACUCAUCAAGAGCUCAAGCUUCCCCUUCAGUACAAAUGGACACCAAGACGAUGAUGUUGUGGCCAAAUCUGAGGAGGCGCGCAGCAUGCUCCGUGUGUUGCCGAUCUGGGCGGCAUGCCUGGCGUAUGGGGUUGCGUACGCGCAAAUCAUGACGCUAUUCAACAAGCAGGGUGGCACCCUGGACCGUCGCGUCUUCGGAGGCCUUGAGCUACCGCCGGCCGCUCUUCAGACACUGGGGCCAGCGAGCAUCCUGUUGUUCGUCCCCAUCUAUGAUCGUUUGCUGGUGCCGGCACUGGGGCGUCUUACUGGCAAGCCAUCGGGGCUGACGCUGCUGCAGCGCAUGGGCACGGGCAUGGCGGUGUCAAUGGGAGCGAUCAUCGCAGCGACGCUGGUGGAGGGCCAACGACUAGAUACAGCACGGGAGCACGGGCUGGUGGACGACGCCAGGGCGACGGUGCCGAUGAGCUGGGCAUGGCUGGUGCCGCAAUACGUGAUGAUGGGUGUGGCAUACGUGCUGGCGGUGGUGGGCAUGCAGGAGUUCUUCUACGACCAGAUGCCCCGCGAGCUGCGCAGCCUCGGACUGGCUCUCUACUUUAGCGUCAUGGGCAUCGGUGGCUUCAUCAGCAGCGCCCUCAUCUCCUUCAUCGACCGUGUUACUAGAAGUGGCAGCGGUGAUGGUUGGUUUGCCGACAACCUCAACCGCGCCCACCUCGACUACUUCUACUGGCUGCUCGCCGGACUCUCGGCCGCUGAGCUCGUGCUCUUCCUUUGGCUCGCCAGCUCCUACGCCUAUAACAAGAGCCACAAGAGGAUUCAGCACUGAGUGAUCACUGGGACAAUUCCCGGUUGUGUAAAAAAAAUGGUCCACAUUGUUCAGUAGGAGGUACUCCCUCCGUUCCGAAUUACUUGCCGCAGAAAUUGAUGUAUCUAGAACUAAAAAAAUGUCUAGAUACAUCCAUUUCUAUGACAAGUAAUUCCGAACAGAGGGAGUAGGAAACAAGAAAUCUGCUAGUAGUAUUAAGCGGAUGGCAUUUGUAAUUGCGAAUGUUAAAAUGAAGGGCGAGCCGAUUGGAAAUUGAUGUACUCUGGUCGACAGGUGC